AUGGAGGAGUCGUUCCUUCGGCCGAACGAGACAAACGAGCAAUUCUACAAAAGAUGCACGAACCUCAGCUACUUCGACUGCAGCGAGGAGGAGAUGCUGUGGUGGAUGAUGGGUCCGCGCCGGCUGCCGCUCCAGGAGAUAGUCCCCAUCUCCCUGGUGCUGGUGGUGAUCUUCCUGACUGGUGUAGCUGGGAAUGCGGCGGUCUGCGUCGUCAUCGUCCGCCAUCCUGCGCUGCAUACCGCGACUAACUAUUACCUGUUCAGCUUGGCGCUCAGCGAUCUGUUGCUGCUGUUGUUUGGUCUGCCCAACGAUCUGUCAGUGUACUGGCACCAGUACCCCUACAGCCUGGGCAUCGUGUUCUGCAAGUUACGAGCACUCAUAUCUGAAGCGGCAUCCUACGUCUCCGUGCUGACCAUCGUGGCGUUUUCCCUGGAGAGGUACCUGGCCAUCUGCCACCCGCUGCACCUGUACGCCAUGGCGGGGCUGCGGCGCGCACUGCGCAUCGUGGCGGCACUGUGGGCCGUGUCGCUGGUGGCCGCCGCGCCCUUCGCGCUCUACACCACCGUGAGCUACCACGACUACCCUCCCGGAUCCGGCAACUCGUCCUUGGAGUCGGCCUUCUGCGCCAUGCUGGAGAUGCCGUCGUGGUACCUGUGCGAGCUGAGCAGCCUGCUGUUCUUCAUCCUGCCCGGCCUCAUCAUCCUGUGCCUCUACGUCCGCAUGGGCUUGCGCAUUAGGUACGUUAUGGGAUCGACGCACGCGCACAACCCGGGCAGCCCCGGGACGCUCAACGGAGUGAACGGCAGCGUGCACGGCGAGGCCCGCCAGGCGCAGUCCCGGAAGACCAUCAUCAGGAUGUUAGCGGCCGUGGUGGUGGCGUUCUUCGUGUGCUGGGCGCCGUUCCACUUCCAGCGGCUGUUCUUCAUCUACGGCACGGAGUCCAAGCACUACCACACCAUCAACAAGCACCUCUUCAGCGUGGCAGGGGCCUUCUACUACGUCUCCGCCACUGUCAACCCAAUUCUCUACAAUUUGAUGAGCCACAGAUACCGGCUCGCGUUCAAAGAGACGCUGUGCUGUAGCAAGGCGCGCAGGAAACAGAGCAAGUACCGCGAGCACUCCAGCAUCAGGGAGACUAUGGUCAACCACACUUCGGAGGGCGCCCACCUCGUCAGAGUCCGGUCCCAGAGCCACGACCGGCGCAACCGGCUCGACCACAAGGUGUUCCGGAGGUGCAGCUACUACGGCACGGAGACCACGUCUCUCUGCAGCGACAAGUGGAAGGACUUCUACAAGGACAGGAAGAGGGGCAGCCUGCUCCGGAGCGAGAGGACCAGCGCCACCUCCUCGCCCAGCAACAACAACGACUCCAACCAGGUCCUCUUCAACGAUAAGGAGGACUACAAACUCGAUUCAGACUUGGAGAACGAUGACAGCAACAUCAAUAUCAACAUCUCGAUACAUUUGCACAAGUAA